AUGAGGCCCAAAGAGCAGAGACCAGAAGACCAAGCCACUAACCAGCCAUCUUCAGGGGAAACAUCUAUUGCUCUUCCGGAAACCAACCUCCUCACCACCCCUAUGGGACCCAGCAAUGACAAGUACUUGGGGAAUGUGGGCCCUCAAGAGGAGGCCAGAGUCCCCAAGCCUCCAGCUACUGGGUCUCCUAUAUUUAACAUGGAAGUAGGAAUCUUACUUAAACAUUCAUGGCCCAUCAACCGCAGGUUGAGGAAGCUAAGGUACCCCCAAAUAGUUGAGGUCAGACCCACCCGAGACCCCCCAAUUGAGAUUUAUCUCUAUGACAAGACUGAGAGUCUUCUGCCCAGACCUUUCUGGAUGGACGAAGACAUUCGUGCCACAAACCCUCAACCAGUGAAUAGCAGUGUCCCCAGGUCAUCCAUGGGGGAUCUUGGCUCUGACAUGAAGGGAAACCAUCUGCACAAACCUCUCUUCACCCUCAAUAAUAGCAACCACUCCAUCAUUUCAUGCCCUCACACAGUCAAGGUGGAAGCCCCCAAACAGGGAUCUGGAAUCACAUUCCUCAAGGAGGGAAAUGUGCACAGAGCUGCCUCCAUGACCAACAACACCAUUAUUGUAAACUUUAAACCUCACAUCCCUGGGGGCCAAGAUGCCAAGCCCAAGGCUGUCAAGUCAAAGUCUGAAACAGACAUUAGACUCCUCAGAAACACUUCUGCCAACAGGAAAGGGCAAGUGACCCUCAGACCCCAAAGAAGCAGCCAACCCCUGAGGAGCUCAGCUUCAGAACUUAAUCCCUCAGUUGAGAGCCCAACUCUGGGAAUCCAGGCUGCCAUGGUCAAAUCUGAUGGUGACCCAGCUACAUUACACAGGGCUGCCUCCAGUAAUGAGAAUGUGCAACUCACCUCCAGUGCUGUGUCAGGUGAAGACCAGGUCACUGGAGAUAUGGCUGAUGAGGAAAAUACACGAGAAAAAGAAAAUAAACCAUGCAAGGACAAGGUGUCCUCCAAGGUCACCACAUCAAAAUCACUAGAAUCCAUACCCACAAAAGCCAAGGUCUCCAAAACUCUACCCCCCAUAAAAGCAAGGGACUCCAAAAUGCUGGCUCCCAUUAAAGUCCCCCCCAAAAUUCUGAACUUCCAAAAAACCAAGGUCCCAAAAAACCUGCAUCUGAAAAGGGCAGAGAUCUCUAAGACUCCACACCUCCCAAAACCUGACGCCAAGACAUUGCUUCAAAAAAAACCAGAUGCCAGCAAGACCUUGCACACCACAAGACCUCACGCCACCAAGACCUUGUGUCCCACUAAACCACAAAUGAGCAAGACCUGGCCAGUCAAACUAAGACCCAAAAUACCAGACACGUCCAAUAAAACAAAUGUCACCAAGACAGAAACAUCCAACUUAGGGCCCACAAAAGCUGCCAAACCUCCUACUGCCAGGGGUAAGUACACAGCAGACAAAGCCAAACCAAACCAGGCUAUAUCCAAUACCAAGAACAGGUUAAAAAUCAAGAGCUUCCCAUUCAUGAACAACUAUGAGGAAUUCAAAGCUAAGUACCAUGCUUCAAAUAAUGAAGAGAGGAAACAGCACAUGGAUACCUCGCUCAGCAACAGCAAGCAAGAAAUUAAGAGUCCCCAAUCAGCUGAAGCCACAGCUGUUGAAAGCCCUACUUCUGGGACCAAUUCAACCAUACAAGACACUAACGGAGACAAGGCCACCUCAAGCACCCCCCAAAUACUGGAACAACCUACCCCACUUCUAGGUGCCUGGGACAAGGCAUCCCAAGAUGCCACUAGCAAUGGACAGUCCACCACCACGUCCCUAGCAGCAGGGGGCCCAGCCUUGAGACUUUUGGUUGCCAGGAUGAAUAAGACCACUAAAGAUGCUAAACCAGUUGAUGAUGGCUUCAUCACCAUCAUAGUAUUUGCCAGGAAUAACCGAGAGGCAUUUAAGAGGCAGAGGGCCUUACUGGGGGCCUCUCAUUACCGCCCCCCAGCGGAAACACCCCAAGCACUUCCCAAACUAACACAAAGGGAGAGGGAACCCCAAAUGCCUCACACCAGUUCUCAGGUCUUAGCAGGCACCUUGGAUCAACAACACCCACAACCAGGUGAACAUGGGAAGGCCAAGGACAUGACACUUCCCCAUUGGCCCACACUGCAGCUACAGACACCUAAUACCGAGCAAAGUAAACUUGUCUCCGUACCAGAAAGAAUGCCAAAAUUGGAAUUUAACUUCAAGGGGAAGCCAAUGGAGGCACCAAGCAAGAUGCGAAUUUUGCAAAGAGAACUUCACAUCGCUCACCAAAGGCUGCAACACAACAGUAAGCCACUACACAAGCAACACUUGUGUGGAAAGGGUGGUCACACAUCCUUUCUUAAGUAUUUACUCUCAUGCUCUGAGGAAACUGACCCACAGCGAGGGUUUUACACAACCAUAGAAGAUAGGAGAUACGAGUCUACCUUACAGUUCAUGAAACCAAUUACAGACUAUAAAGAAUACCUGGAGAUUUGUGAAAAGCUGAAGAUGAGGAACCAAUUACCUACAACCAAUGCUGCCCAUGCAGAGGAGACACCGCCUACCAACAGACAAGCCUCACAGCCCGAGAAAACCCAUGAGGACAGACUUGCUGAGACAUGGAACAGACUCAGCGCAUCACUACGCAAAAGACAACCUCUGCAGAGAAAACUCUGCGACCUAGGCAUUCAACAGCUGAGAGCCUAUCAGAUGAGAAGACGUAUGACAAGAAAACCUGGCAUUGUCAGAGAGGUUUGGGGUUCAGCUGUUGCGAAGAUAAUUGGCAAUAAUGUUCAGAAGCUGCAGAAGUUUGCCUCCACAGUGAAGAUGUGGGUCUUUGAAGAAACAGUCAAUGGCAGAAAACUGACUGACAUCAUAAAUAAUGACCAUGAAAAUGUAAAAUAUCUCCCCGGACACAAGCUACCAGAAAAUGUGGUUGCUAUCCCAAACCUCAGCGAGGCUGUGCAGGAUGCGGAUCUGCUGGUGUUCGUCAUCCCUCACCAGUUCAUCCACAGGAUCUGCGAUGAGAUCACGGGUAGGGUUCCCAAGAAGGCCCUGGGCAUCACCCUCAUCAAGGGCAUCGACGAGGGCCCUGAGGGGCUGAAGCUCAUCUCUGACAUCAUCCGAGAGAAGAUGGGCAUCGACAUCAGUGUGCUGAUGGGUGCCAAUAUAGCCAGUGAGGUGGCUGCCGAGAAGUUCUGUGAGACCACUAUCGGCAGCAAAAUAAUGCAGAAUGGCCUGAUCUUCAAAGAACUUCUUCAGACUCCCAAUUUUCGAAUUACUGUGGUGGACGAUGCGGACACGGUGGAACUUUGUGGUGCUCUUAAGAAUAUCGUGGCUGUGGGAGCUGGGUUCUGCGAUGGCCUCCAAUGCGGAGACAACACCAAGGCUGCCGUCAUCCGCCUGGGCCUCAUGGAAAUGAUCGCUUUUGCCAGGAUCUUCUGCAAGGGCCAGGUGUCCACCGGCACCUUCCUGGAGAGCUGUGGGGUGGCUGACCUGAUCACCACCUGCUAUGGAGGACGAAACCGCAGGGUGGCCGAGGCCUUUGCCAGGACUGGGAAGACCAUCGAAGAACUAGAAAAGGAGAUGUUGAAUGGGCAAAAGCUCCAAGGACCCCAGACAUCAGCUGAAGUGUACCGCAUCCUCAAACAAAAGGGACUCAUUGACAAGUUUCCGCUGUUCACUGCCGUGUAUCAGAUCUGCUAUGAAGGCAGACCCGUGGCAGAGAUGCUGGCCUGUCUCCAGAGCCAUCCAGAACACAUCUGAAGUGAGCUGUGCUGCAGACGGGCAGCCUUCUGCCUCUCC